AUUUCAUAUUUUUUAUAAAAUAAGGAGAGGUUUGUUGAAAUCACAGUACAAUAAUCUAAUAAAUUAGAGUCAAAUUAAGUGAGCAGAUAGGCACUGCACCUCCUAGGUCAUGCAACUAAUCACGAAGAAGGUAAUACUGCUGGGAUGGUUGGUGCUGCUGCCCGUUGUAUCGUCCUUCAUCACCUACACCCUCGUGGUUUUCAAGACUAACCCCAUUGUACUGGACACCACUCAAGCAUCCUUGCUGUCGCUAGCCCUUCUCAAGCAGUUGGUGCUGCUCGGUGGCUUACGAGUGUUCCCGAUCAACCUCAAUGAACUGUUCUCACAAGCUCUAGGAAAUACUGAGUUCAGGGAGAAACGAGAUGUGAACAAUGCAACCGAACACAUCCCAUCUCUGCGUCACAAGGAACUUCCAGUGGCUGCAUUUCCUUGUCUGAGACGAAUGUUCUGCGAGAUAGAAACGACAGCCAAAACGAGCGACAGUUAUGGCGAGACCGCAUCACAGAACGACGUGGACCGACACCCGGAGGAAGAGGUGGACGUAGAAGCUCUGGAUCCGCAAAUCGAACUUUACACGGAGGCUGUGCGUGCGUUGUACGGAUACGACAGUCCGACAGCCCCGGACUCCAGCCCGGCAACGGAGCGCGCCUUGUCGCUCAUGCAGUCUUUGACGGGCAAAAGUUGUGAAGAAGCUUACAAGCUUUGUUCUGGCAGGUACACGGCACCGAUGAUCUUCGGAAAGCUGUUCAAAGAGCUAACAGUACGCAUAAAAGACGAGUUAUAAAAUGCAGAGAUACAAAAUCGAUAGUAAAAAGCUCUGCAAAUAAUGCACUCGACGAGACCUGAGAUAAGUAAAUCAUCUUUAUAAAUGAGGGAUGGUCGACAUGUUGGGGUUAUGGCAAGUGGGAUUGAUAAUUUCAGUCAUCAUUUGCACUUAAUUACUUCAGAGCAAGGAAUUGGAGUCAUUCACCAACAUAAUAAAACAGUCUGAAAAGAAAGGCAAUUUCUUUUCCGCGUAAUACUCAGGAAUACAUCCGAAUUGAACUAUUUGCAACAUUUGCUAUAUCACGAACUUCACUCAACUUUCGUGAUUGGCCAAAACCCAGUAAUAUUAGAGAUUGCAAUGAUUUGAUCAAUAUUUGCAAAUAGUUGAGAUUAUCUAUGUGUAGUCGUAACGCAAAGCCAUAAAUGUCUCAGCUUGACUUUAUUUAUUUUAAAUUCUCAUAUUCAGAUCUACUUUCGGAUGCCCAAGAGCAUGGUUUUCAUAUAUAUUACCCUAAAUUUCAUGCAGUUGUGUUUGUAGAUAACUUUAAGUAGGUUCACUGGUAAUUAUUGUCGUGAGUAUAGUUGUAAGUUCAGUUAACAGAUAAAACAAACAGUCAUAUUAAAAUAAUUUAUUGCACAUCAAUCGCAUUAGUUCCACCAUACAUUAGGAACGUCGUACAGGUUGCAGGGAACUUGAUGAUGUAGCAACGACUUAACCAUCAGUUUACCGGAGUUCAAAAGACACAGACGCUGCCCUAAAGUUUAGGUACGUUCUGCUCGUUUCCGCAAAAGUGCAUUAAAAAAUUAGCAAAAAUCUUGUUCGAUAAAAGUCAGAAGCCAUGCACAUGGCAGGUCGUGCGCAUGAUUCAUGCGUUGCAGGUUGUGCUCAAUAGUUAUAUACUGGACAAUGUAUUACUUAGCAGUCCUACACUGCAUGUCGGAGCGUACGUGGCAAUUCCAACACUGCAUGACAGAGUGAACGCAGCAGUCUUGUCCUACACUGCAUGGCGGGGAGUGCGUAGCAGUCCUACACUUCAGGCAGGGAUCUGAUUGACAUCAUGACAUGGCAGUAAAGUGAAGAGCCGUUUACUAACUACGAAGAGCAGAAGUCAGUCCUACUAACUAUAUAUAAAUAUUAAUUGUUAAUACCGCGACAAUGAUUAGUUGGCGUUUUUUAAUGAGUUAUUUAAGGUAAAAGAACCCUUGCUGACUAGACAUAUAACCUUAUUAAAAUUGUAGAAGAGUUUGUAUAAAACUAUUUUUACACCUCUAGCCCUAACUCUAACCCUAACCUAACGAGGUUUUCGCUAACUAGCAUGUUGCAGAAUUGCGUUCAUCAUUUUUGUGUCGCACUAUUAGCAAAUACUAAUCAUAUGUAGAUUCCGUGACACGGUUACAUUCCGAGAUAGUAAUUGUGCAACGUUCUUUCGCACAAUAGGCCAAAAAUGUCGCACUGUUGUUAAAAGUAUGACUAACGUUUUGAUAAAUCAAUUGCGCGACACAGUUUUUGGAGAAUUAGACGAAACAUGUCGCACAAUACCCCUACUUAUGCAUAUAUGUAUGUAUAUAUU